AAAUUUUCAUUUUUCAUAUUUUUUUUUUGUGCUUUCUGAAUACGAAAAGGGUUUACAUAAACCCUUCGUUCUUCUUCAUUUUUGCUUCCAUCAAAGAAACAACAAUGUCUUCCAAAGGACCUGGCCUCUUCUCCGAUAUCGGCAAAAAAUCCAGAGAUAUUCUCACAAAAGAUUACAACUCCGAUCAAAAACUCACUAUCUCCUCCUCCACCAACUCCGGUCUUGAUUUGAACUCAACAUUAUUGAAGAGUAGAGGACUCUCUUCUGGAGAUGUUGCUGCUCAAUUUAAGCACAAUAACAAAACUCUUCAUUUCAAAGUUGACACUGAUUCAACUGUGUUGACAACAUUUAGUGCGACAGAUUUUGUGCCUUCUGCAAAAGUUCUUGCUUCUGUUCGAUUACCUGACUACAAAUCCGGCAAGAUUGAGGUUCAAUAUCUUCAUGAUCAUGCUGGUUUUACUGCUGCUGUUGAUUUAAAUCGAAAGCCUGCUAUUGAUUUUUCCGCGACAAUUGGUACUCCUGGUAUUGCGUUUGGAGCGGAAACCAGCUACUCUACACUUGUUGGCAACUUUACAAAGUAUAAUGCUGGAUUGUGCUUGAAGCUGCCAAGUUCCAGUGCUUCAGUACUUUUAGCUGACAAGGGAGACUCCAUGAAGGUAUCGUACUUGCGAGACCUAGAAAAGUUGAAUGGGGGAGCUAUUGUGGGAGAAAUUAGCAGAAGGUUCUCUACAAAUGAGAACACGUUGACGGUUGGAUGUUCGUAUGUGGUUGAUCCUCAGACAACUGUGAAGGCAAAGCUGAACAACCAUGGCAAUCUUGAGGCCGUAUUGCAACAUGAUCUUACACAUAAGUCAUUCUUGACAAUCUCUGGUGCCUUCGAAACAAAGGCAUUGGAAAAUAGUCCCAAGUUUGGUUUCUCACUUUUGCUCAAGCCUUAAAGGGAUUUAAAAUACGGACAAUAUGCUAAGUUACACUGUCACAUGUUCCUUCAAUUAAGUUGAAUGUGAUGAAGAAAGUUUACGAAAUUGAUAUCAAUUGUUGGUUUCAUGGUUGUUUUGUCCCUUUUUUCUUCAAAUGAUUGAUUGGUUGGAUAUCUGAAGAUUAGAAAUCCAUUGUCACUGUAUGAUUUAUAAACUAUUGAUAAUAUUUCUUUCUAAUUGAAAACUAGUUGGUGGAAGAAAUUUAAGCAAUUAUUAAUUUCGAACUUCCAAGUAUUCUGUGUAACUUAUGAAUUGUGUUCAGCUGCAUUUAUACAUUUCUUCCAGCUGUUGCUUCCUU